CAAUGUUGGGUUUUCACCAUGUCGGCUGCAGAGGAAAAGCGUCCCGAGGGCGAUACCACAGUGGUCGUCAAGGAAAAAACGGAGGAGCAGCAACCUGGGAUUCGUGAGGAUUUAUGGAAAAUAGUACGCCUUGGGUUCCUGUAUGCACUACUAGGUAUUCCCAUCGGACUUAUCGGAGUUAUUGCAAGGCUGCAUAAGAAUGGAGGAGUAGGCCGUAUAGAACUAGUCAUGCUCUUCGCACCCUGGGCUUUUACUUGGAAGCUGUUCUGGAUUCCUUUCCUCAACAACUCAAUCAUCCACAGCAUCGGUCGUUGCUUGUCCUGGACAUUAGCGGGCUUCGGUCAGUUUAUUCUUAUUAUCAUUCUUUCCUUACAUGCGAUUGAAAAUGGAGGAUCCUUAAAUGUCCCGCUGCUCUCAAUUGUGUUCCCACUGAUGUACUAUCUGGUUGCCAUCCAGACCAUCGAAGUGCAUAAUUGGGCUUCUACCAUUCUGCAACCCUGCCAUCUAAAAUAUAAUCCCAUCUGCAAUAUUGUGGGUCAAAAUGCCGGCUAUUACCUGGUGUUAUUCGCAUGGAAAUCCUUGGACUUCCGUAAUAAAUACUUAAGGACUGCUUUCCUGGAAGAAGGAAUCAACAUACUGGCCAUCUUUCUGCUUAUCUUUGGGUCGCUAUUUUUUUCAGCCUCCAUGCUAGUGGCUGUUUUUAAGAUAAAUGCUGAUCGAGAACCCACGGCAGAGGACGAGUUGAAAAUGCAGGAUCUUUGGAAACUGCCGCAAUCUUCCCAGGUCCAGAAAUUUGCUGGAUUUCUUUUGGUAUACAUCUUAUUCACCCUGCUUACUUCAGUUGGUAGAUCCAACCAGCCCGAAAAAAUUUGUUAUAUGAUGAUAAUUAUGCUCACCUCGACACGCAUCUUUAUGAUGCUGGUGAAGUGUCUAACUAGACCUGAACUUGAGGACAUCUCAGGGUCAGCUAUUCCCUACCGUUUCGUUAUAUUCAACAUGUAUUUUUUCGUCCUCAUUGCCCUAGUUUUUUCAAAUUUUUCGUUAACUAUUCGGAACUUUUUGGUGGUGCUCAUCAACCAUUUAUUUUAUAAUAAAUUUCUCUGUUACAUUUUGCGAACAGCUUGUGCGACGAAGCAGGAAGUCAAUAAAACCUACGAAAUAUUUCUUACUACCCUUUUGGGAACUGCAGACGAACUUUAUUGUUUUUGCUUGUCGAGCUUAAUUUCCUACACCAUGCAACUUGACGAUUCGACUUGUUUCUAG